AUGGAAGGCUCUUUGUUGACCAAGAGUGAGAACAACGUCGACGACGUUACAUUAAUCCAUGGCGAUUCUUCCUCCAAUGAGGAGCACAAUGUCCACAUUGCUGAUGAGCACACCGUCGACAUUACAAUCAAUGGUGAUUCUUCAUCAGCUGAUGAGCAAACAGUACCACAUGAGGGUAUUCAAUGGAGUAAUCCAUUCACAAGUGGAUGUGUUUGGAUUUUGGCCGAGUUUGUUGUGACUUUGGUCCAGAUUCUUGCAGCCAUAUGUUUCCUGAAUCUGACAAAAGAUGAACCGCGUUCAGAACUACAUGUACCUCUGUUUAUAUGGAUCAUCAGUUAUACUUGUGCUUCUAUUGCCACUUUCCCUAUCGUAUGUUGGCGUUUAUGGCAUAAUUAUAACCAAGACGCUAGUAGCUCAGGGACGAGCAUCAACGAGGUGAUGGACGGCUUGGAAAAGUUUCUUGAAUCUUUCUUCGUGUGUAUGGUUGUGGUAUUUUUAUGGUACUUUUUCACCGAGUUAUCAUCACGUGAUAAUGAUGAUAGAGAAAAUUGUGGAAUCUACCAUGAACAAUAA